AUGGACACCACCAAGUACAAGGACACCACCGUCCGCCGCGGCCACUCCUACCACUACUACUACUCCCCCGCCGCCGCCGACAAGCCCACCCUGCUCUUCGUCCACGGCUUCCCCUCCACCUCGUACGACUGGGCCCGCCAGGUCGCCCACUUCACCCCCCUCGGCUACGGCAUCCUCAUCCCCGACUGCCUCGGCUUCGGCGGGACCUCCAAGCCGACCGACACGGCCGAGUUUCGCCACAAGCUCAUUGCCGACGACCUCAUGGAUCUCGUCGACGCCGAGAGGCUCACCGAUGUCGUCGCGAUCGGCCAUGACUGGGGAUCCGGACUUGUGUCGGCGCUGGUGCACUACUACCAGAACCGCUUCCUGGCCUUCGCGUGGCUGGCGGUCUCGUACCUCGCGCCGAGCCCUGGCGGCUUCGACCUCGACACGGCCCUCAAGGCGUACAAGGAGGCGAUCGGGAGCGAGGUCAUCGGCUACUGGAAGGUCAUGGACGCGCCGGAUGGGCCAAUGCUCCUCGAGGAGAAGAUGGACAGCUUUCUGCAGCUGACCUUCCCAAUGGUACCCGAGUGGUGGCUCGACAACCUCUGCCCCAGCGGUACAUUUCGCCAGUGGCUCGAGGAUGACCGCCAGCCGGGACGCCCGGAUUGGUGGUCUCAGGAGGAUUACAACCAUUCCCGCCACGCUCUCUUGAAGGGCGGCAUGGCAUCCUCCGUCAACUACUACAAAGUCAUCAUCCACAACUGUAACUUGGCCGAUCAGAUGGAGGUCCCUGAAGAGAAGUGGUACGUCAAGAAGCCGGUUCUCUUCUUUGCAGCGAACCGCGACUACGUGGGUCUCGCCGUGAUGGGCAAGCAGAGUCUAGCCAAGUAUGCGCCCGACGCCGAGAUCAUCGACCUCAACGUCGGGCACUGGCCGCAGUUGGAGGCGACCCAAGAGGUGAACGAAGGGCUGGAGAACUGGUUGCUCAAGCUUCCGUCCGCCGCUGCUUGA